CGCGGGUGUCAGAAGUACACUGUGGCUAAGAUUAAAGUUAAGUGAAGUUAAUGUCAUUUUUAGAAACCCGACUCGAGAUUUCGUGUCUACUGGGAGGCGUAAGCGCACGAAUUUGCGUAUUUGGAGUGAUGUAGUUUUGUCUCUGCGUGCCACUUGUUGGAUUUGCACGAGAAGAUGCGCCACCAGAGCGCAUAUAAAGCAACAGAUCGCGCGUGUGAACAGACUUGUCUUCUGGAAAUUCUGGAUGUUUUGACCCGAAUAAUUGGAUCAAACGUUGUCUUGGGCUAAAGAAGGGCUGCAGAAGCUUAUGUUGGUUUUGGUAAACAGCUGUGUCAAGACCUUGAGACAGGUGGAAGAUGAUCUCACCUAGAGACUGCAUGUAUGCUGGAAGAAAACGCAGAAAACCUAUUCAGAAACACAAACCAGAGAAAGCCGGGCAGAAAUCAAACCCUUCUAAGAGACACCGUGACCGUCUGAACGCAGAACUGGAUCGGCUGAGCAACCUACUUCCCUUCAGUGCUGAUGUCAUCUCCAAACUGGACAAACUGUCAGUGCUGAGACUCAGUGUGAGUUACCUGCGAGUGAAGAGCUUCUUUCAAGCGAUUCAAGAUAAAGACAAUCACAGCAGUCAUGCGCCAAACAAGGACCACAGCAAGGAGCUUCUAUCUUAUGUGAUAGACAGCGAUCUUCUUCUACAGUCUCUGACUGGAUUCGCUCUGGUCGUCAGUCCAGAUGGGAUUAUUUUCUACGCGUCGUCCAGUAUCGCCGAUUACCUUGGAUUUCAUCAGACGGACGUGAUGCACCAGAACGUCUUUGAUUAUAUCCAUGUGGAGGAGCGGCAGGAGUUUUGGAGACAACUCCACUGGGCCAUGAACCCCAGCCGGUCGGACCCUCAAACCGCCCGAGACGAGGAUGAGAAUGUUGCUAUUGGUCAUCUGUUCAGGCCUCAGGAGAUUGAUGGGGUUCUUCCGGACCUGUCGCCCUUCCUCACACGGUGCUUUGUAGCAAGAGUACGCUGCCUGCUGGACAGCACCUCCGGCUUCCAGAGCAUGCAGUUUCACGGCAGACUAAAGUUUCUUCAGGGUCAGAAGAGAAAGACAGACGCUGGAGCUUUGAUGCAACCCCAGCUCGCCCUGUUCUGUGUGGCUGUUCCUAUCGUCCUGCCCUCCGUCACUGAUCUCGGACUCAAGAGUAUGAUGAUGAAAAGCAAACACAGAACUUCUACCAGCAGUGAUAAGAGUGUGUCCCAUGGCUCAUCUGACACCGAAGAGAUGCUGCGUUUCAACUGGUCAAGCACUUUCUGUCAUGACAGUUCUCGUUCAGUCCUUGGCAAUAGGAGAUACAGAGGAGAAGACUGUAAAACCCAAGAGCAGCCUCUCAACUUCUGUGUUUCUGCUCUGGGCGGCUCUAGGCAUCAGGUUCUGGACGUUCCCUGGAACACCCACUGUCCCGUCGCCUCGCGCACAGGGCCCGGCAGAAUCUACCACCCUGGCAGCUUCUACAAAAACGCCCAUACUGGAAAAUUACAAACUGGUUACAGUACAGAUGCACACAGGCUCAGUGGUCACAAUGGGGUGGAGAGUUAUUGUGUUGAUGUAAAGGGUGAGAGAAGAAAUAAUAUGCAGAAUGAAUGUUAUAACAUGAUUCUCCCUGCAACUGCAAUUAAAACCGAACAAGAUUCAGACUCUGAAAACGGGUGUAAUGCAUACGGUACACAUUGGCGCCAAAGUAUGACGUUCUCGGAGUAUCCACUGGUAAAAACCGAGGCUGAAUGUUAUGACGGCUACAGCUCAUGUCAAAGAGGUAAAGCUGUCACUAGCCCUCUCUUCAACGGGCAACAAAAGCAUCUUUACGGAGGAGUCGGAAAACCACUUAAGUGUGUCCUGAACAAAAGUCUGAACUACUGUGACGCUUUGAGUGUCAGUCAGGAUGGAUAUGCGUUUGCGGAUCAUAAAAGCUACAUGCAGCAGGAUACCCUGAUGAAUUAUGAGUUCAGGAGUCACGGUGUGUUACAAGCGAUCAAACGGGAACCUCUCGACUCUCCGCCUUGGUCUGACAAUUGUCGUGAUUUUAGUCAAGGGCACGUGCAAAGACACAUCACCCCAAACUGCACAGUGAACAAUGUACUACACAAAGCAAACCCAUAUGUAUACAUGCAGUAAAAAGGCUGUUAAAUUGAAUCCAAAUGCUCAGGGUUUCUGCUCCUUUGAGACGAAGGAUAACCAUAGAGUUUUUUAAAUGAGUUUUCCAUUUUGGGCAGUAGUGAUGUCAUUUUAGACUUGUGAGUUCAUGUUUAUGUGGGACACUUUUAUGGUUAUUUGGAAAUUACGUUUUGCAGGGAUUGCCGAUAGAGGUCACAAUAAGAAAUACAAGAUAUACUGAGAAAUAACUAAAUUUAAUCCAGUUAAAAAUAUGUAUGAUUUUGGAUUUAAUCCGUUUUUGCAUAAACAAGAAUUUAUUUGUACUCUUCUCGCUUUGUCAUUAUUAUUAUUUUUGUCUAUUUACUGUUGUAUUUUUCAUUUGUAUUUCUUUGAUUCCACAGUUGCUAACGGGUAUGAAUGAUUCAGUUGAUCUUUUAUUAAAAAUACAUAGCUGUUGACCUCA